GCUGAGGACACCUCGAGUCUUCUUCAGCAAGUGAAGUUCCAGUCCAGCAACUUUGAAAACAUCCUGACGUGGGAGAGUGGGCCCGGGAGCACCCCAGGCACGGUCUACAGCGUGGAGUAUAAGACGUAUGGAGACAGCAAGUGGCUGGCAAAGGCGGGCUGCCAGCAGGUCACCCGGAAAUCUUGCAACCUGACUGCUGAGACAGGCAACCUCACUGAGCUCUACUACGCCAGGGUGACCGCCGUGAGCCCAGGGGGCCAGUCAGCCACCAUGAUGAGCCACCGGUUCAGCCUGCUUCAGGACACUACCAUCAAACCUCCUGAUGUGACCUGUAUCCCCAAAGUGAGAUCUGUCCAGAUGAUUAUCCAUCCCACUUCCACACCCAUCCAUGCAGAGGAUGGCCACCAGCUAACCCUGGAGGACAUCUUCCAGGACCUGUCGUACUGCUUAGAGCUCCAGAUCAACCACACCUACAAAAUGCACCUUAGAGGGAACCAGAGAGAAUACGAGUUCCUUGGCCUGACCCCUGACACGGAGUUCCUUGGGAAUAUCAUGAUUUUUGUUCCAAACUGGUCCAAGGAGAGUGCCGCUUACAUGUGCCGAGGGAAGACACUGCCAGAUCGAACAUGGACCUACUCCUUUUCGGGUGCCUUCCUGUUCUCCAUGGGCUUCCUGGUCGCCGUGUUCUGCUACUUGAGCUACAGAUACAUCACGAAGCCGCCACAGCCGCCUGACUCCCUGAAUGUCCAGCAAGUCCUGACCUUCCAGCCACUGCGGUUCAUCCAGGAGCACGUCCUGAUCCCCGCCUUGGACCUCAGCAACCCCAGCGGUCUGGUCCAGCCAGUCCAGUACUCCCAGGUGAAGGUAUCCGGGCCCUGGGAGCCCCCAGGAGCCCCACAGCAGCACGACCUGCCUGAGACCACCUACUUCCAGCAGCCAGACAUCUCCGUCCUCCAGCCCCACAACGUGCCACCUCACCAGACACUCUCCCCACUGUCCUAUGCCCCACAGGCUGGCCCUGAGGCCAGGCCCCUAUCUUACGCGCCUCAGACUACCUCCAAAGCUGAACUCCCAUGCUACACCCCACAGACACUCUCUAAGAUCCCAUCUCCCUCCUAUGCCCCUCAGGCCACUCGGAACAGCUGGCCUCCAACCUAUGGGGUGUGCAUAGAAGGCUCUGGAAAAGAUCCCCUGCCUGCGGCACUCUCUACUCCCAAACAACUCAAGGCUAAAGGUCAGCUCCAAAAAGAGGUUCCAGUCAGAAGUUACAUCCCAGAUGGCCCUUCUUUGCAGGCCAUGACCUCCCUGGCUAUGGAGGAGACCCAAGAAGCAAAACCAUUCCACCAGUAUCUGCAGGUUCACAUGGACAAAGCACCUGACCUGAAUGAGGAACCAGGGAUGCCAGGGUACCUAAAGGGCCAGCUCCCCCUGCUCUCCUCUGUUCAGAUUGAGGGCUGCCCUAUGUCCCUCCCUUUGCACGCUCCUUCCCCCCCAUGUUCCCACUCAGGCCAGGGUCCAAGUCCCUGGGGCCUGCUAGAGUCCCUUGUGUGCCCCAAGGACGAUGAGAGUCCAGUGUCCAAUACAGAGACCAAGACCACAGAACCUCAGGCCCCAGACCUGGAGCAGCCUGUUGAGCUGGAGUCCCUUUUCAGAGGCCUGGCCUUGACUGUGCAGUGGGAAGCCUGA